GAAAAACCAUUUGCAGUUCUUCAACUGCAACUAUUCAACUAGGUUAAUGAAGCAAUCAGCGUCGUCUUUUCCAUUCCGUUUCGCUACAACAGAAUUUGUUCGUGUUUCUUUUACGUAAUAUAAAAAAAUCGUGACUCAACUGCGACAAUGGGUCGAUCAUGUCUUCCCAAAUGCAAACCUGCCAGAGUAAUGGGUUGGCUUCAAAUUAUUUUGGGAGGUUUGGUAAUCUUGGUAAGUAUAUUGAGCCUAGCUAGAUUCUACUAUGCUGGUUUUUUCUUUCACAAUGAAGAAAUAUGCCAACAUUUCUAUGCUAUAAAAGAUGUAAAUGAUGGUUUUGAUGUCAAAGCACUAUCUGAUAGAGUUGUAGAAGUAUUAGAUAUGUUGGAAAAUUUGCAGGUCAAGCUUGAGUCAAAAGGAAAAGAAAUGGAGAAAAACAAAGGCAUAAGCAUAAUCUUAGAUAAAAAGUUUUUAGAGGAUGAAAUAGUUAGGCCUCUUCAUAGUGCUAAUGUUGCUUUAAGACAGAUUAGGCUUCCAAAGAUCGAAGGAAAGAAUUUGACUGUAAAAGAGGAUCCUUUGAUUAAUUACUUUGUCACUGAGGAGAUUAGAAAGUAUAUAACCCCAAAGGAGAAUAGAGUUGGCAAGAUUAAUCUAUAUGGAUCAGACAAGGUUUAUAACACAAUAGGGCAUGGUUGUGUUUUGUACAAGAAAGAGUUAGAAAAGUACAUGGAUUAUGAUAUUGGCUCAUAUUGUGAUGAUGAUUGGAAUUUAGCUCAAAAACUUAUGCUUAAUGGUUGUGAUCCUUUACCUAGAAGAAGGUGUUUAACAAGGGCUUCAAAAGUUUAUCAGAAACCAUAUCCGGUCAAUGAGUCGUUAUGGAGAUUACCAGAUGAAAGAAAUGUGAGAUGGGGGAAUUACCAAUGUAGAAAUUUUGAUUGCUUGUCAAGCAAGAAUCCAAAAAGGGGCUAUUCAAAAUGUGCAGGAUGUUUUGAAAUGGAAAAGGAAAAGCUGAAAUGGGUUUCUAAUAGCUCACUUUCUGCCGAUUUUUUGAUAAGUGACGUUUUGAAAAUUAAGCCGGGAGAGUUGAGGAUUGGACUAGAUUAUGGAAUUGGUACCGGCACAUUUGCUGCAAGGAUGAAGGAAAAUAAUGUAACAAUUGUUUCAACUGCUUUGAACCUUGGUGCUCCUUUCAAUGAAAUGAUAGCUCUAAGAGGUUUGGUUCCUUUAUAUGUUACAUUAAAUCAAAGGCUUCCAUUUUUUGAUAACAUUAUGGAUUUGAUUCAUACAACUGGCUUUAUGGAUGGUUGGAUUGAUUUGUUAUUAUUGGAUUUUAUAUUAUAUGAUUGGGAUAGAAUUUUAAGACCAGGAGGUUUAUUAUGGAUUGACAAGUUCUUUUGUAAAAGAAAAGAUUUGGAUGAUUAUAUGUACAUGUUUCUUCAACUAAGGUACAAGAAACAUAAGUGGGUUAUUUCUCCUAAGUCAAAGGAUGAAGUGUAUCUUUCUGCAUUGCUUCAAAAGCCUCCAAGAGCCAUCUGAACAUAGUUCAUUUCUUGUUUCUUUGUUUUUUUUGGCGUAAACCAGGUAUCUUUUGCGAGCAACUACAAAGACUGAUUCCUCGAGUCUUGUGGGAUUCAAAUGGACAGCAAACUCUCCCUAAGAGACUAAUUCAUUUCUUGUUUCUUUUUGUCCUUACUGUUGAUGGUAAAUUCUGAAGUUAUAGGUUGACACUUCAUAAUGAUGCCACAAGCAACCACUAGUAUAGUUUGAAGGGAAGAUUGUCAACAUCAAGCAAGAAUCAACAACUAUACAGUGCUAAUAAAGCCGACAUGCUGACACGACUAGGCUGUGUUCUUCGGUUUUCAGCGUAUCAACACUGAAAAUCGUUAAUUUAGCAAGAGUAACUGGCUAACUGCCACUAACAUGGCUUUGCAUGUACGGACAAUUAUGUGGUUUUAGUUUCUCUCUAAAUACUAGUUCAAACAAUGUAAAUGAGUUCGUCUACUUAUGUUUCGAAGCUUACUCCUAAACCGAACGGAUUCAGCCUAUCAAAAUCUAUGUAUGUCUUUCAUUUAUUUAAAUUUUCAGCAAUUUACAUGUCCAGUUAAAACAUUUAUC